AUGUUAUCUCGGAAGGGUAUCCGUCAUAUAUGGGGUCAAAUUAAUGGUCGUGCUAAAGAAGAGCGACGAAGUGAUCCACAAAGAAAGAAGUCAUACCCGUAUCAGCCUUUGCCCGGAGCAGAAUGGACCAGACUUCUUGAGCUGCAACCUGGAUCAGGUCCAUUGGUGUGCGGCCUUAGACCUGCAGAGAUCGAGGGAGAUAUAGUGCAGUAUGAAGCACUAUCGUACGCGUGGGGGAAUACUGUCGACACAGUUGACAUUGACUGCGAUGGACAUUCUAUUCCAAUCAGACAGAAUCUAGCAAGCGCACUCGUUCACAUCCGGCAUGAGGAUAGGCCACGUCUUCUGUGGGUUGAUGCCGUAUGCAUCAACCAAGUAGAUUCACGCGAAAGGUCUCAGCAAGUACAGCUGAUGGGUGAAAUAUUUGCCAGCGCAAGGAAAGUACUUCUCUGGCUCGGCGAUGAUAAAGAUGGGGAAGCGGAUCAGUGCUUCGGUCUCAUCAAGGCUACAAAUGACACGCUCCAAGAGCUAUGGGAUCGAUCCGGAGAAGUUAAAAACAUCCCGCUCAUCACAUCUGAAGAUGGAACGCUUUGUAAUGACAGCGCAAAAUGGGACAUGGUUCGGCAAUUCUUGAAGUCAGAUUGGUUCAGCCGUGUGUGGGUUUUGCAGGAGGUAGGUCUGGCGCGAACUGCUGUAGCUUUCUAUGGUGGGACUAGCAUCCGGUGGAGCCAAAUAAUAGAGUUUUUGCUCUGGGUAACCCUCAGCGCCAACAUUAGAGAUCUCGUCGGAUCCCUAGGGUCUGCCAGAACUGCGAACGUUUUCCUUGUUAUGUGGAUCAACAGUCAUGAAGGUCCGUCGUGGAUGGACGAAAUGCCAUACGCUAGAUCUCUUCUCGGAAACAGGCCCAAAAGUAUGUUUCUAGAUAUCUUGCAUGCGCAACGCCGGUAUCGAGCUACAGAUCCGCGAGAUAGAGUGUACGCGUUUCUAAGUCAUCCUCUAGUACCUCUACACUCCGAAGAUGGCAGAAAGCUCAUCUCAGCAGACUAUAACCAAAGUGUUGAUCAAGUCUUCUUCGAUACCGCAAGAUCUUUGGUCCAACUCGAUGCUCUAGGCUGGACCGUUUUAUCUGCGGUACAACAUAGAUCAAGAUCAGGUAUUUCUUCAAUCCGAAGGCCGACUUGGGUUCCACGGUGGGACGAGGACUCGUCCCUAGCCAGACUCGGUCGACCAAGCAAGUGGUACAUGGCUGGAGGACAUGAUAGUUUUCAAGCAAAAGUCUCGGUGUUAUCGCCAUUGGACAAGUGGCUAGAGGUCAAAGGCGCUGGCUUCGAUCGUAUCACGUGGACAUCGAAAGUCUUUGCCCCAGAAGACUUUCAAUGGAGUAAUCAGGUAAAGAGCUCGCCACUACAGCAUGCAUGGCAGCAGCUUGAACAACAAGGACCAAGUAGUGUUUACCAGUCUUCUGACCUGGACCAGGAGCACGCGUUUUGUCUGGUUUCGGUCGCUGGCAUGGAAUACGGCAAGGACAGCAGACGAUAUGAGCUCAGUCGGCUUUGGGCGGACCACACAGCAUGCAAAGACGUGUUGUUGUCUGAGAGUAGGGCUGUCGCCGAAUCUCUCACUGACGCGCGACGAGCAGAUUCUUCCAAAUCAAAAGACAUGCUCAAGAAAAGGGCGCUGGAAACGGUUGUGUUACAACGCCAGGCGCUACUGAAUCGCCGCUUCUUCAUGACAUCGAAUGGCUAUUAUGGAGUUUGCCAUUUUGAAGUGGAACCGGGAGAUUGCUGCUUCGUGUUGAGAGGAGCUAAUGUACCCUUUGUUUUUCGUCCAGCAAGCCUCAAGAACCAAUCCAUACAAAGAUAUCUGCUGGUUGGCGAAGCCUACAUUCAAGGCGUCAUGGAAGGAGAGAUCUACGAAGAACUGGCAAAGGAAGGGACGCAACUCACAGAGGAGGAUAUUGUGCUUAUCUGA